CUCUCUCUGCGCCGCACCCGUUUCUUCUAAAACACAUUUUCCUGACAGCUCCCGUGUAGUACAUAGCUCUCUUUCUGCCCUACACAGUUAUCGUUCUUUGUCAUCGCAGCCGUGUGCAUUGUGCGUGUGGGUUUUUCAUGUUCAGUUCGUGUCGCUUUGUUGCCAGCGCGCUUUCUCCGUUUCGACAGAGGUCCUCACUUCUUUCCGUGAAAACGCAAUAUCGAGAAAACUGAUUUCGUGACCGCGAAGAAGUUUGAGGAUUUUGGAAAGACGGCGUCUGCGAUGAGUUGCGUGCAGCGUGAAUCGGUGGAAGUGGUUUCGUUUCCCGGCCAUACUCCCUGUUUCGUAAGUUUAUAGUAGAAAAUGAAAAAAUCGCCAAAUACUCGGACAUUUCUGCACACGCACACUCGCACCCGAUGCCAGUCGCGACGCUGUCAUUUAUAAAGUGAUGAAAAUUUGAGUUUUUUCUUUCCUGUUUAUUUUCCGUUCUCUGAAGCGCGGAGACGAGUUGUGAUAACCGAAAAGCGAAACCCAGAUCGAAGGGAGCGCGCGAAUCGGGUUUGUCAGAAACAAAGCUGUUUAUUCAGUUCGGUUCCGAGCUCCGUCCGCCAGCUGCCCGCAACUUCCACAUUUUCGUUUGCAUCGACGUUCAGCGCCUAACGUCCCGUCCUCUGUCAUUCUCUUGUUUUCGUGUGUGCAGUGACGUUUGCCAACUGCUCUUUUUCGGGGCGCUGUGCACUUUCAAGGGCCAACGAAGUAUUCUAAGCCAGGCACCACGGCAGAAUCCAGCAAUCACGGCCAGUCGCAGUAAAAAGUGUUGGCGGAACUCGCGUCAUCCCAGGACGACGACGUCGCUCCGCAUCCGCCGAGCCUUUUGCCAGGACCUGCCGCGGCCACGAGGAAGUGUUGUCCGUCUCGCAUCUUCAGCACCAUUCUACGCUUCCUCUGGCUGAUCUUCCGCUGCCUAAAGGUUUUUAUAGCUCGGCUCCGCUUGGUGCCGGGCAUGGCAUCGAGUUGCUGCGGCACAAAAAAACAGAAAUUGAAUAAUUAUACGAACACUAACGGUAACGUAACUACAACAAUGUCCGGCGGAUCUUCAAGCGGCUAUUCGGGGAUGCAUUCGAAUCAUCAUUCGCAUCAACAUCAUCGCCACCAGCAGCACGGCGACGAACAACACCGCGGCGGCUCUUCUUCAGCGAUGGGACUGACGAACGGCCAUCACGGGCAGCAGCUCAACGGGAUCUGUCGCCCCAUCUGCAAUGGCUACGGCGACCAGGAGCAGAUUGCCAUCCCUGAUAUGUGUUUCUUUUGCUUCGAGGUGCUUUACUGUGAACUCAACAACAUCGACGGACCAGCAGAGCCGCGCUUCACCAAUGAUCCCUAUCCGUUAUUCGUCACAUGGAAAAUUGGCCGAGAUAAACGUUUGCGUGGAUGCAUUGGAACAUUCACUGCGAUGCAUCUUCAUGCUGGCCUUAGAGAAUAUGCCAUAACUAGUGCUCUAAAAGAUUCUAGAUUCUCGCCCAUAACGCGUGAUGAGUUUCCAAGACUGACCGUAUCUGUUUCAAUUCUCCAGGGCUUCGAAGAAGCUCGCGGCUAUUUAGAUUGGACCUUAGGAAUCCACGGAAUUAGAAUAGAAUUUUUAAAUGAGCGUGGGUGUAAGCGGACAGCUACUUAUUUGCCUCAAGUUGCAACCGAACAAGGCUGGACACAAACGGAAACAAUAGAUUCACUACUCCGGAAGGGUGGCUAUCGUGCAGCAAUCACUCCAGAUAUGCGUAAAUCAAUUAAAUUAACACGUUAUCGUUCGCAAGAAAUACAAAUGUGUUACAACGAAUAUCGUGAGAUAUUAGAACGUCAGGCGCAGUACGGAAAAGUGCAAUGCUAGCGACAAAUCAACUAAAAUAAUUUUAAUAGUAUAACCCGGUUUACACUUCAAGAACUUCAAAGUUUAAAUGAUUACAUGAGGAUUCAUACAGAACAAAAAUAAUUGACGAAUCAAUUUGACAUUAGUUUUAACUGAAAAAGUCCAAUAAUUUACAGUGGGAGUAAACUAGCAUGAAAUUAGAGAAUGAAGGAACUAGCCUAUCCCCCUCAAACAAACAUUGCUUUGUUGAAUUUCAUUUUAUUUAGUUUGGAUUGCUUUCAAAUGUUUUAUAUUUUCGUUGGUGUUCUUUUUUUCAUGCAAUUUAUUUGCAUUUGAUUUUUAACCAUUUUAGCAAAUAGAAAAACGUAAAUUUAUUUUAAGAAAGGCAUACGCUGGUAUCUGGAAUCUUUAACAAGAAAUGGAUUGCUUAACUAAGCGAAAACAUAUUAGAAAAGUUAAGAGAUGAUUGUAAAUGGUUUUGCAGAAUGUCAGCUUUUAUCUGAAUGUAUGAUUUCGAGUAAACCAUAUAUGGAUGAUCUAAAAUCUCAACGUUAUGAUAAUUUUGAGACAUUCCAGCUGUAGAGAAUUUCCAAGAAUAUUUGUUUGAAACGGCACUAUUUUCUGAAUCAAUUAAAUGCCAGUUUUAAUAUAGACUUAAUCGCAAUCAGUUGCUAAGUUAACGUCUGGCAAUCAGCCAGACAACGAGACGCCGAUGAAUUAAUCGAACGUUGAGAGCUUCUGUCUUCUUGGGAUUCUGCAAUAUCAUAGCCUUUGUCACUUCUCAUCAAAAAGUUCUCUGUUAUAAGUUUUAUUUUUCUUUACAAUUUAACAUUUUUGCUGGAUUUCCUUUUAACUUCGAAAUAAUUAUACCUAAAACUGUACGAGAAAAUCGGAAAGAAAAAACUGGUUUUUGUCUCAUAAA